UUCUGUAAGGUUUUGUGUGAAAUUCGAUUUUUCGCAGAAGGCUUUACUGAAGAACGACAAAUUCGAUAAAAAAAACCCUAGUGAAAGCCUGGAUUGGCUUGUAGACCAAAUAAGUAAUCAGGUUCCAACUUUUUGUCCUUUCGAUUACGUAAUUCAUUCUGUCCUAUAUAAAACUGUGUGUACUGCUGACGUUUACAAAUUUGUCCGAUGAUUCAACGGAUUUAUUAUUUAUUCCUUGUGUUUUUAAAUGUGAACGCCUGUAUUCCGAUGGUUCCCCCAGAAGAACCGACAACUACUACCACUACAGCAACUACAACAACGACUGCGCCGCCGCCUGUGUGCCCUGAUGGCUGGUUCUCAUUUCAACGUGCAAAUGGCCUCUGGUGCUACAUUAUUGCAAGACCACCAGCUGCUGGCUGGACCAGUCCUCAACAAUAUUGUCAGGAUAAUCAAAUGGGAUCCUUCUUGAAUGGAUUUGAGACUGCCGCUGAAAGAACUCAGUUUUUGAAUGACGUGAUGACUGUCAAUCUGGCUCCGUACAAUUUUGUUCAUAUCGGUGCAAUGAGAGUAUGUGCAGCGCCACCGUGUGCAGUUACAGAUCCGUACGAAUGGCUAAAUGGAGUAUCCACUAACAAUGCUCUUGCCAAUGAUUUUAUGCCGUUAUACGAUGGAUCGGGUGAUUGCGUUUCAAUGGAACUGCCUCAGGGUGGACGAUACAAUGAUAUUACCUGCGAUGCGCUGACGGCUUAUAGUUGUGGGAAAUAUGCAUCAUAAUUUAAAUUAUUUAAAAAGUUAUGUUUUAAUUGUUCGGAAUUUUAACUUCAUAUAGUUUUAGUGCUAAAUUUCUUACGAUUCUCAUAAAUUUCAAGCUUUUUCAAUUGUAUUUACUGUACUUAUCAGUUUCUUCUAAACUUUUCCGUGUCUCCCUUUUUCACCUACACACAUCUGGUUACUGGUUCUAAUGAACGUAGUGUUACGUCAUUUGGUUUGACCAUAAUACAUUAGCAUUCAUUGUCGAAUUGAAUGAAUGUAGUCUGCGCUUCCA